AUGCAGCCAACCUCUGAAGCAAAGAGACAAGCACUUCUGACCUACAGGCAAAACCCUUGCGUCAGUACCCGUGAUGCCCUCAGAGUUGCUCACAGCAAGGCCCAACAGACUGCACACUGCUGUGCCAAUGACUACUGGCUGAACCUGUGCAGCAGGAUUCAGAUGGCUGCUGACAGUGGAAACGCAAGAGGCAUGUACACUAGCAUCAAAACUGCCACCAGCCCCACUGCCAUCAAGACGGCUUCACGGAAAUUUAGGGCAGGAAAGGUCAUUACAGACCAGUGCAACCAGCUGGAGUGCUGGGUGGAGCACUACUUGGAGCUUUAUGCAACCCAGAACGUGGUGACGGAUGCCGCCCUGGAUGCCUUGCCCAGUCUCCCAGCCAUGGAGGAGUUGGAUGCCCCGCCCUCUGCAGAAGAUCUCAGAAAAGCCAUUGACUGUCUCUCCUGUGGGAGGGCCCCUGGGAGGGACAGGAUCCCAUUGGAAGUUCUGAAGAGUGGCAAGCCAGCUCUGCUGUGGCAUCUCCGCGAGCUCCUGUGCCUGUGCUGGGAGAAGGGCCACGUCCCCCGGGAUAUGCAAGAUGCCAACAUUGUCACCCUCUAUAAGAAUAAAGGUGACCACAGUGACUGCAAUAACUUCCACAGCAGUUCCCACCUCAGUGUUGUUGGGAAGUUCUUUGUCUGCGUCUUCUUGCCACAUCUGCAGAGCCUUGCCUCCCAUGUGUACCCUGAGUCGCAGUGCAGCUUCAGGGCAGGCCGAUCUACAGUGGACAUGAUCUUGCUGCGCCAGAUGAAGGAGAAGUGCUGCGAGCAGCAGAAACCACUGUAUAUCACCUUUUUUGACCUGACAAAAGCCUUCGAGUUGGUCAGCAGAAGCAGACUCUUCAUCCUCCUGUGA